AGCUGCACCACCACUACAUAUUCAGGCUUCAUCUCUACUUUCAACUCACUGAUCUGCACUGCACUAUGGCUUCUGAUGGAACGCUUAACGUAGAGGUUGACGUGAAGUCGAUCGCACCCAAGUUCUGGAAUUCCAUGAGGGACUCAGCCAUCAUCUUCCCCAAGGCCUUCCCCCAUGACUACAAAAGCAUUGAAGUUCUUGAAGGAGAUGGGAAAGCGGUCGGUUCUGUUCGCCUCAUUACAUACUCUGAGGGUUCUUCGCUCGUGAAGGAUUCGAAAGAGAGGAUCGAGGCCGUGGACGAGGAAGCGAUGACGGUUUCUUACAGCGUGAUUGAAGGGGAUCUUCUGAAGUAUUACAAGAGUUUCAAGGGGCACAUUGGUGUGAUUCCUAAAGAAGAUGGGAGUGGAAGUAAAGUGAAAUGGAGUUGUGAGUUUGAGAAGGCGAGUGAGGAGGUUCCUGAUCCUCAUGUCAUUAAGGACUUCGUGGUGAAGAAUUUCCUGGAACUGGACGACUACGUUCUGCAGCAGCCAUAGAUACACCAAUGACACCUCAGUUAUGGAGAGGCUGUCUCUAUAAAGGCUAUGGAGAAUUAUGUGGUUCCUAUGUAUGCGUUUGUUGUGUUUCAUGUUCUCUUGUUCUUCUUCUUGUCGGCUGAAUGGAUUAGAUAAUUAUCUUGUUCUUUCU